AUGUCUGAUGCGGGGAAGCAGAAAGGGCUGAAGAAGCUCUUCCACCCUUUCAACCACCGAGCCAGUGAAAAAAUCGAGGAACUGCAAGAGAAGCUCGAGCACACGAAACUGAGAGAGGCGCACAUCAAGGCCGUGCACAUCAGUCACAAGGUCGGCAAAUUUAAGAAUUUAUUCAACACCAACCACCGUCACGACGAGGAGCAUGAGCAGGCCACGGAUGAUAAGCGCACGAGGGUGGGCGAGAACCACCGCUUCCAUUCGUUUGCGCCGGAAAGAGAAGGCAAUCUGGUAAAGUGGUACGUCGACGGCCGAGACUACUUCUGGGCCGUUGCCGAGGCAUUGGAGAAGGCGCAGGAGACCAUCUACAUUGCAGAUUGGUGGUUGUCGCCGGAACUGUUUCUCAAACGCCCGCCUUUCUACAACCAGGAGUUCCGACUGGAUCAAGUCCUCAAGCGCCGCGCCCAGGCUGGCGUGAAAAUUUAUGUUUCUGUGUACAAGGAGGUUUCCGCUGCGCUCACAUGUAACAGCCAGCACACCAAGAAAGCUCUAAUGGGUCUGAUCAAGGAGGGUGAGCCAGGGUACGGCAACAUCAAUGUGAUGAGACAUCCAGAUCACAACGUGUUCGAGAAUGCGUCUGACAUGACAUUCUACUGGGCGCAUCACGAGAAGUUUGUUGUCAUCGACUACGCGAUGGCUUUCAUCGGAGGCUUGGAUCUGUGCUACGGACGUUGGGAUAACAAGCAGCAUCCGCUGGCGGAUGUGCACCCUUCCGGGAUUCAGAAUCAGAUCUUUCCCGGUCAGGAUUUCAACAACAACCGAAUUUUAGACUUCGAGGGUGUCGAGGACUGGAAAUCGAAUAAACUCAACAAGCUCGAGUACGGACGCAUGCCAUGGCACGACGUCGCAAUGGGCCUCAUCGGUCCCGCCGUAUAUGACAUCGCCGAGCAUUUCGCCCUCCGCUGGAACUUCAUGAAGCGUGACAAGUACAAGCGCGAUGAGCGAUACGACUGGAUUACCAUGGAAGGACGGGAAGGAGUGGACGAAGAUCUCAUCGGCGUGCAGAGACCAAAGUUUCCAGUCGGUGAAUACGUGCAUCAUCCGAAGACGCCCCUUUCCCAGAAGAACUUAGACAACCGAGGCACCGUACAUGCACAACUAGUGAGAAGUAGCUGCGACUGGAGUAUGGGCAUUUUACCAGAAGAGCACAGUAUCCAGAACGCUUACAUCGAGCUCAUCCGGAAUGCCAAGCAUUUCGUAUACAUCGAGAACCAGUUCUUCAUCACAAAUACCCGGAAAGACGAUAAAAGUCCUGUCCACAACCAGAUAGGAGCUGCUAUUGUUGAGGCGGUGGUGAAUGCCGGAAAGGAGGGUCGCAAGUUCCGAGUCAUCAUCCUCAUCCCAGCCAUUCCAGGUUUCGCAGGUGACCUUCGUGAUAAUGCGGCCGCUGGAACGCGCGCUAUCAUGGACUACCAGUUUAAGAGUAUCUGCCGUGGCGAGGACAGCAUCUUCGAACGGGUAAAGGCGCAGGGCGUCGACCCCAACGAACAUAUCUUCUUCUUCAACCUCCGGUCUUACGAUCGAAUCAACGUUACCCCUACGCUGAAGAAGCGUGAAAAGGAUUCGGGAACGACAUAUAUGGACCUCGAACAGGCUGAAAUCGAAGAGCUAGAGGCGCCACUUGAGGAUGGAGAAGAAGCACGAGCGAAGGCUGCAGAGCUGAGGAAGAAGUUCAUGGGCGAGGAGGCAGAUGUCGGGAAGGGCGACCAGGGCGGCAUCAUUGACCCUGACUCGAUAGCAGACGACGCCAUGCUCAACGACAAGAAGCCGAGUACCGAGGAGUGGGAGGGCGAUCCAGAAGACGAGAAGAACCAUUUCUUCCAAGAAGAGCUCUACAUCCACGCCAAGCUCUGCAUCGUUGACGACAAAUACGUCAUCUGCGGCUCCUCCAACAUCAACGAUCGCUCGCAGCUGGGCCUGCAUGACUCUGAGCUCUCCAUCGUCCUCCAAGAUCGCGACGAAGUCGACAUCCUAAUGGACGGACAGCCCUACAAAGCCGCCCGGCUCGCCCACGACCUGCGUUCCAACCUGUGGCGCGAGCACAUGGGCCUGCUUCCCGCGCAAGCCCUCGAAGCCUCCGACGACCCCAACGCGCAGCCCCCUGGCGAAAACUCCCCUAAUGACCCCCAGCCCGGUCCCGAAGCCGACUUCGUCUCAGACCCGCUCUCGGACAAGCUGUGGGACUCGUGGUGCAGCCGCGCAACCACAAAUACAGAGGUCUUCCGCACGCUGUUCCACGCCGACCCGGACAACAAUAUUCGCACGUUCGAGGACUACGACCGCUUUACGCCAAAUCCCAAGACCGACAAGGAGCACAAGCAGGGCCAUUUGUAUGAUAUGGUAAGGCCAGUGGCGGAGAUCAGGCAGGAGCUGGAUCGCGUGCAGGGCCACUUGGUGUGGAUGCAGUUGGAGUUCAUGGCAGAGGCAGAUUUGGCCGAGAAGGGCCUGCAGGUUAAUGCGUUCACAGAGUCGAUCUACACGUAG